UAAGAAUACUGUAUACUAGUUACUUCUUUAGAAAUGUUAGUUUUUAUGUCAAAUUUAUUUCUAAAAUACUUCUUUUUUAAAUACUAAUUUAUAAAUUGAAUUUGUGCCGUUUAAUUCCAAAAUGGACAGAUCAAAACUGUGUGGAUGUAAAGGAGUUAGAACUUGUUUUGUAUGUGAAAAAGAAUUCAAUUUAACUCCUACUGUCAAUUCUGACAGUUUAAAAUUUGAUUUUCAGAAAUUAUCAAAUGCAUCAUAUUGUUCUUACUGCAAUUUACUAUGGAGUGGUUGGAAUGCAUAUGAAUAUAAAAACCAUCCAAAUCAUACUGGUACAUCAUACUAUUUAGAUGGCAUUUUUAUUGAACAUGAAUUUAUCACGGAAGAAGAAGAAACAAUGCUAAUGAAGAAUUUAGAUGCUAUGCCUUGGGAUGUAUCACAAAGUGGUCGUAGAAAACAAAACUUUGGACCUAAGUGUAACUUUAAAAAGCGUCGUUUAUCAAUGGGCAAUUUCAAUGGUUUUCCAUUGUCCACCAAGUUUGUUCAAGAUCGUUUUGAUAAAAUACCAAUCAUGAAGAAUUAUUUUACAAUAGAACAGUGUUCAUUGGAAUACAGACCAGAAAUGGGUGCAUCAAUUGAUCCUCAUGUAGACGAUUGCUGGAUAUGGGGUGAAAGAAUUAUAACAUUAAGCUUACAAUCUGAUACUGUACUUACUUUAACUCCACACAACAUCAAAUAUAGUAAUCAGUACAACAUAGACUAUAUACCAAAUGUCAAAUGUUUGCCAAUUCCAGUAAACCGUGUUAAUUAUCCAAUUGAUGUUGUGCGAAUAUUAAUGCCAAGAAGAUCACUUUUAGUUUUAUAUGGAAAACCUAGAUAUUUAUGGGAACAUUGUAUACUCAGAGAAGAUAUUCAUGAAAGAAGAGUAUGUAUUGCUUACAGAGAAUUCACACCACCUUAUUUAAAAGGUGGAGAAAAGUAUACUGAAAGCUGUGAUAUAUUACAAAAAGCUAAAUGUUUUUGGUAAAAAUGUAAUAUUUUAUUUGAAUAUAAUAUGUGUUUUUCAUGA